AUGUUUAAUCUCAAUAGGGUGGUUGGGAAUCCAUCAGAUAUGGUGGAUACUAUGAAUAAGGUAGCAACGUUGGAUGUUGAACUAACUAUUGAAGAAAUGAACUUGAUUUCAGUUGGGUACAAGACCGUGGUGGGGUCACAAAGGGCAUCAUGGAGAAUAUUGUCUUUAAUUGAACAAAAGGAUGAAUCAAGAGGCAAUAAAGUGAAUGUAAAACGGAUUAAGGAAUACAAAUAA